AUGAGUUAUCUAAGUAAGUCGCCCCGGCCAGAAUCCGCUCUUUCACGAAAGAACCCUACUAACAUCAUAGGCUCUUCAGUUCCAGAGCCUUCCAUCAUACCUAAACCGAUCGAUAUUCCGACGUUGGAUGAACAAGAUCAAGAGUACUUGAAAAAUAAUAACUACCUGAAGAAUGAAUCAAGUUUCAAAUAUACAGGGCUUCCCGGUUUGAAUAAUCCCGGUCCCAACCUCCAAUAUAGACUGAAAAUGGCCUUCAAGAGUGGCUUGAGCGAAGAAGUUGACUGGGCCGUCGAUACCUGUUUACAAGCUAGUGUUCAGCAGCCUGGCCUCUUGAAUUUGAGGGCUAAUCCUUGGUUGAUAGAUGAGCUCGCAGCAAACCUCAGUUGCUCCAUCUUUGAUCCUUCAGAAACUGUUAAUCAUAAUAUUGAACGAACCUUGAACGUUGUGGUUGUACUGCGAAAUAUAUCUCAGGAUACAGAUAACUCGUCAGUCGUCGCAUUGAACCCUAGGGUUAAGGAGAUAUUACUUCUAAUCCUUGACAAUAAAAUUCAUUUACAGGUCAGUAUGCUGGAUGACCUAUUUGAAGCCUCAAAAGAAUUGUUGAGGUAUUCGGUGGAUCUCAUCGAGACGAUUAGUUCCUAUAUUUCACCUGCUCCGAAGGAUGAUCCGAUGUUCCUUUCUUUGAUAUCAAUCCUACUAAAAUCAACUGACAGAUCAUUGGUGAUAACAACGUUGAGAUCACUAUCCAGACUGAUGGUAAGAUCUAAUCUAACCAAGCCUUUCGGUGCUGACGAUAUAACUGAUGAAGUAUUAGACAACGUCAGUUCUUAUCUAAUGCUUACUUCCACGACAGCCGUGAGAGACUCUUUCAACGAUGAUCUGAUACUCGCAAGUGUUGAUUUCUUAUAUCAAUAUUGUCUACCAGGUGGCAUUAGAGUUUUGAACUUGCUGAAAAACGAAAAACGUGCAUUGUUGAUUAAGAGUAUUUUACCAAGGUUGCUUACAUAUGGAUUAAACUUCCAAACUGAAUUCACCAAUGAGUUGCCUAUGUUAAAACUGAAUAAAAGAGUCCGGCCUCCAGCUCCUGCUCACCCGCCACAGCUGACUGCUGAUCUGUACAGUGCUAUAGACCAGUUGGGCGAACCAGCAAGAGCAACUGUAUGGAUGAGAUGUUGUUACUACGCUGUAGAAGAUGGUGAAGUCACCCAAAUAUCAUUAUGGCGCUCGUAUGAGAAACAAUUUGGCGACAGUUCAAGCAAGCGACUCUUACCAGCGGUGGAUUUCAUCAAGAAUGUCUCCAACGCUUUUCCUAGCAGUUCCGCCGUAGUCAUCAAGUUAGAUAAUGAUCAAAGAAAAUUCAUCAUAAAGGGAAUCAAACCCAGAGAAUACCCUGUCAGGGUGAGAGUGGGGGAGAUGGAAGCUUUAAGACAACCCUUACCUAGAGAAAGUGAUAAACUAGCGAAAGAUAACAUUGAAGCAUCACAAGAGUCCAUUACUUUAUUCAAUUACUCCUCCAAUGUCAGCAUUUCGUUGACUGAAAUUAAUACAUCUGCUGCUCUUCUUCUCAACUGUUUAACGGAGAGCGAAACCGGAGGGAAACUUUUGGAAGGAUCCAAAGAAUUGCUUUUAGAAAAAGUCCUACAAGUCCCUUCCUUAUUAGAGCACAUUCAACCUAGCCUUAUGAGUUUAUAA